AUGGAAUACUGGCCUUCCAGCGAUCGCAGGCCACAACGCACGGCUCGGAUCUGCAACUACCCAGACGUGGCCUACAAGCUGGAUGCUGCGUCUAUCAAGCAUUCUCCGGCCUGGUUUGAGGCCUGGGGCGGCACCAUUCUCGGAUGGAUCAUGGUCGUGCUGCUCACGCUCUUCCAAGCGGGCAUUUUUGCCAUAGGAAUAGCCAUGAUCUACACGAACGAUGCCAGCAUCGAUGAGAGCAGUCCCGAUUUCGCUCUUUACAAGAACUCCCGCUUCCACGAAUGCGUCAAUACCACACCUGAAAGCGUGGACUGCACGUUGCUACAGGGGAAUGCGAUCGAUAUGUCCACCGAGGGAGACGAACAGAAUCACUUCUUGAUAGACAUGGUGUUCCACGAUUAUCAGAACAACACUACUGAACAUCCCACAUAUACAUGGUGCGAGGUGGUCAGCUGCCUAAAAGACUUCAAGAUCCUUCCGACAACUCUGCGCCCAUCAGCUCUGCAACUCCCCAGUUGGAAGACGUGGUUCCAGUGCAACAUCCAGGCGAUCAUCGCAGCAUGGGCUGCUCGCACAUGGAUAGGCGCGCAGUCACGCAAGUCUCGUUCGGCAUGCAAGGGAAUCAGCAUCAAGGACUGGGGGCCAGCCGUCUACACCAUCGGCGCCACAGUGUACUGGUGGGUGGAUUUCAUCCGCUGGUGUACCAGGCCGGACUACCACGCCUUUGUCUCCGUCAUCGAAUGGAUCUCCACUUGGACGUUAGCAUACAAAAUGGGAUAUCACCCAUUUUCUUGCAUAUUCAAAGAGGACUCGAGGUGGCGCAAAGUCCUUGCCGGGAUCCUGUGGACUACAACUGUCGUCCAGUGGGUUAUCAGUUGUUACCUCUUCAGCCGCUACUGGAAGGAAUUCUUCCCCCCAAGCCUCGAAUUUGCGCAGAGAUACGACUGCGUCCAGUCACAGGUGGCGUCUGCACCGGGUCAGUCGUCGUGCACUCCAGACCAGCUCUGUUCGAUCCCGUGGUUAUUGACCAAUCCCGGGUGGAACGGAUGGUCUAUGGAGGCCGGAUCUUCAAACUUCUUUGCCCAAUACGACAUUGCAAACAUUAUGCUUGCACUUUUAUUCUUCUUCUCGACGUUUACCUUUGUGUCUGUUCCUCUAGUCGCCACGGCCACAAGAACUUAUGCAAUUCUCCGUCCUGAUCGGCAUCCCGAAAGAUCGCUUUUCGGCGACCUGGUCUACUUCAAUGAUGAGAUUGGGGGACCUGUCAUAUCAGGAGCAGUGGCUGCGCUCGUUUCUCUCUGCUUUAGCGCCCUCUUGCUUGGUCACACCCCUGCAACAUGGAACUCAUUGAACAGAGAAGGUCCAGUGGCCUACGACUUGGAUUGUAGUGCGGUCCAUGUCAUUGCUAGUCCAUGGAGGCAGUAUGUGGACAUUGAGUAUGGCCGCGCUUUGAGGUUCGUCAGGAUGUGGUUUAGUAUCUGA